AUGGAUGCAAUCGAGCAUGAAAAGGGUGAUGCUGAUCCGAGCAACGUUUGGAGAGAGGUACCAGCAUCGCCGCGUGAGUUGCACGGUGCGAAAUGGGUGCUCGUGGUCAUCUCCAUUCUAUCCAGCAUUCUAUUCCACGCAAUGGAUAACACUAUUGUUGCCAACAUCGUACCUGCAAUCAUCGAUUCUCUCGACGACGCAGCCCAACUUCCCUGGCUUUCUGUGGGGUACAUGAUCGGAGCACUCGUCGCGGCACUUCCAUCGGGCAAGCUGUAUGGUCUUUUCAACGCAAAAUGGCUUUACAUCAUGUGCACUGUACUGUUCUGCCUUGGCUCUGCGAUGUGCGGUGCGGCGCCCCAAAUGGCUUGCAUGAUCAUCGGUCGUAUAUUUGCUGGUAUUGGUGGGAACGGCAUGUACGUAGGAGUUCUGACACUCCUUUCUGCCAAUACGACCGACCGCGAGCGACCGGCGUACCUAAGUCUGAUUGGCGUGACAUAUGGGCUUGGUAAUGUCAUCGGGCCUAUUGUCGGUGGCGCUUUUGCGAGUUCGUCGGCCACCUGGAGGUGGGGCUUCUAUAUUAACCUGGUCGUCAUGGCAGCGUUCGCUCCGAUCUACCUGUUCAUGCUGCCCAGCUUCGAUCCGCGACCUGGUAUGAGUCUUAGCGACCGCUUCAAGUUAUACGAUACUGUUGGGACAGUUCUCUCGGUUGCGGGCUUCCUUUGUGCAGUUAUGGCUAUAAACUUUGGAGGCACUCUCUAUCCUUGGAACUCUGGCCAAACAAUUGCACUCUUUAUUGUCGCCGGCCUCCUUCUCAUCGUCUUCGGGUUGCAGCAAGCUUAUUGCUGGCUGACAAGCUUUGAGGGACGCCUUCUCCCUGUACAGCUUAUCUUCAAAAAGGAACCCGUGCUGCUAUUCGUCACCAUGGCGGCUAACAAUGCCGCAAACAUGGUAUCCAUGUACUACAUACCGCUAUACUUCCAAUUUACACGCGGAUCUGGAGCUCUGGAUUCUGGAGUACAGCUUCUACCCCUGAUUAUUUCGGUCACGGUCUUUGUUUUGCUUCAAGGCGCUCUGGUAUCGGCUUUCGGUCACUACAAGCCCUGGUACGUCGUUGGGUCCGCACUGAUCCWUGCUGGGGGCGCUGUGCUAUCUCAGCUUACAAUUAACGACCGAGACUGGUUUGUCUUUGGUAUGGAGAUCGUCCUUGGUGUUGGCAUAGGUUGCUAUACUCAAGCAGGGUAUGCCGUCAUCCAAGGGGUGCUGGAACCAGCCGAUAUGGCUUAUGGUGUCGCGUUUGUGCUCUUCGCUCAAUUGCUGGGCAUCACCCUCGGACUUUCGGUAGGAGGCGCCGUCUUCGUCAACACAGCCCUUGGUGGACUCGGGCCCUUGUUACCGGAUGUUUCGUCCAAGCAGCUGGAGUCGGCCCUCUCUGGUCUCUCGGGCGGUUUUCUUGACAGUCUGAACGAGUCAUUGAAGAUGCGUGCCCUUACCGCCAUUGUAGAGGCCAUUGAUCAGACAUUUAUAAUGAUCAUCUUCGCCGGUGCUGUUGCGCUCAUUGCCUCAUUACUCCUCUCCAACAAACCUUUGGUGAUGGCUAAGUGA